AUGGAGGACCAACCCAAUUACGGAAUUUCCAACGCAGCAUCCCCUGGCAGCAACCCCAUUCUUUCGCAACCACCUCUACAACCUGUCGCGCCUAACUCGGGAGAUGGAGCUGAAGAUGUCCAAAUGACCGAGGGCCCGGUCGCCGAACCCAACAUCAAGCAGGAUAGCGCGACACCUGCACCAGGCGUUACAUCCGAUAACCCCCUCGACGCCCCCGAUGGCCCCGUGCCCGAGGCUACGCAAGAUGAGGAAAUGGGCGGUGCCCGCGACGAAGCAAAGGACAGCCAAGCCGCAAAGGGUAGCGAUGAUGCCGCAGCUGGAAACGAUGCGGAGGGACAAGACUCCAAGACCAAGGAGACACUCGAAUCCGCGGCCCGAGAACAUCUCAUCUCGCAAACGCACGCCAUCGUUUUACCGAGCUACAGUACCUGGUUUGACAUGAACACGAUCAACGACAUCGAGCGCAAGGCUAUGUCCGAGUUCUUCAAUAGCCGCAACCGCAGUAAAACGCCAGCUGUCUACAAAGAUUACCGUGAUUUCAUGAUCAACACCUACAGAUUGAAUCCUGUGGAAUAUCUUACUGUCACGGCCUGCCGACGGAACUUGGCUGGAGAUGUUUGCGCUAUCAUGCGCGUCCACUCAUUCCUCGAGCAGUGGGGGCUGAUCAACUACCAGGUUGAUGCAGAGCAACGGCCCUCGCAUGUCGGCCCCCCCUUUACUGGCCACUUCAAGAUCAUUUGCGACACGCCUCGUGGUCUUCAGCCGUGGCAGCCAUCUGCCGAUGCUGUCGUUUCUGCUGGCAAGCCCAGUACCGAUACAGAAAAGAAGGCUGCAGCAACACCGGUUGCCAAGAGCGAGCUCAAUCUGGAAGUCAGCCGCAAUAUUUACGAAGCAAGUGCCAAAGGGUCAAAACUCAACAAGAGCGAACCCAAGACCAAUGGCGAAACGCCAGUGACGAACGGUGUUUCGGGUAUCGAAGAAGCUACCAAGACCCCAAUUGUCAAGGUCAACUGUCACACUUGCGGUAUCGAUUGCACCAGGCUAUAUUAUCACAGUUCGCAGGCCGACCCGAACUCGAAGACCAAGUACGAUGUUUGCCCAAGCUGCUUUCUCGAGGGCCACCUCCCAGGCAACCAGACAAGUGCCCAGUUUACCCGCAUGGAAAACCCUACAUACACGACCGUCCUUGACAGAGACGCACCGUGGAGCGAUGCCGAGAUUCUUCGGCUGCUUGAAGGCAUCGAGAGAAUGGACGACGAUUGGAAUGAGAUCGCGGAUCACGUGGGUACGCGGACACGCGAAGAGUGCGUCUUGCAAUUCUUGUCCUUGGAUAUCGAGGGCAAGUAUGCGGACUCGGACCUUGCCGUGAAUGCGCCAACCGGCCUUGCAAUGCUCGGACAACAGGGCGGUCAUCUGCCUUUCAGCCAGGCGGACAACCCUGUGAUGUCUGUUGUCGGCUUCCUUGCCGGUCUCGCGGACCCUGCCAGCACAGCGGCAGCGGCAAACAAGUCUGCCCAAGAGCUCACGCGUAAGCUUCGCAGGCGACUAGAGGGUGGCAACUCAGAGGAGCAAGCAGUGACCAACGGCAAAGGCAAAGACAAGGAUGGUGACUCAAUGGAGAUUGACAUCCGGCAAGAAACGACUACUACUACGACUACGACAACGACGUUGGCGACCAUUCCGAUGGCUACUAUGGGUGCCCGUGCUGCCGGUCUGGUGUCACACGAGGAACGCGAGAUGACAAGACUGGUGUCCGCUGCGGCCAACCUCACUCUCCAGAAGCUGGAGUUGAAGUUGAAGUAUUUCAACGAGAUGGAGGCUAUCUUGCAAGCAGAGCGGAGAGAGCUCGAGAGAGGUCGGCAACAGUUGUUCCUGGACCGCCUCGCGUUCAAGCGCCGCGUCCGCGAGGUGCAGGACGGACUCAAGACGGCAGUCGAGACGGGUGGGGAACAAGGUCUUAAGCAGGCUCAGGAAGCAAUGUCUGACGGGGCCAAUCUCACCUUCCAGGCGGCGUCCGGGGCGAGCGCGGUGCAGCCAUUGAGUAGCGGAGGGCCGAUCAAGAGCUUUGAGGCUUGA